AUGCAAAGCUAUGAAGCAAGAGCUGAAGACGAACUUUCUUUUGACAUUGGUGUUACGCUCAAAAUUGUGGAAAAAAACUUGGAUGGAUGGUGGCUAGCCAGGUAAACAAUGAUGGAAUUUUUCCUGCAAGUUGUUAUUGUCGUUGCAUAUUUGCAAUAAUAAAUUAAUUAAGUGGUUUACGAACAAUGCCGCCAUUACACUGAAAUCUUCCAAAAUUCAAAGCGCGAUUGCUUUUUCAUUACAAAGGCUCGUUCAGUGUUCUCCUCCUUUACACUAUGCCAAAAGACGUUGCAUCUCAUUUUACUUUCCUCAACUCUAUCGAUUUCUCGUGUGGCGGAACAAUAUGUUUUAAACCCAAUCUACCAUGUACUUUUCCCGGCGCUUACAAAAUCGCUCAACAAAAUAUGAAGUGAUACAAACAAGCUUAAGCAAUAUUUAAAAAACUCAUCCCAUUUUGCACUUCUGUACUGAAGAUACCAAGGUAAAGAAGGCUGGGUGCCUGCAGUGUUUUUGUCAAGAGUAGUUGAUUCUGAUGAUUCUUCGCCUUCAUUGAGUGGAAAAAUGUGUGGACUUGGGGAUAUCGUGUCCUCUGAAGGGGGUAGGUGCUUUGUUACACAAUAACAUUUUAUAGUGACAAUUUUUGAACAUUUUAUUCGCCCUGUGUAGCAACUCGGAUAUUAAAUUUUCAUGGAUCUGAGAGAUCGACACGCGCAUUUCAGUCAUGUAAAUAAAUAACGAAUGUUUAUGUUUUCGUUUCGAUCCUUGUGGUACUCCUGUUUUGAUAGCUUGAUAGUAUCCCUAUGCAGAUUUGAUACAAAGGCAUCAAUUAUAACAUGUAAUUUAUUUUUAAAGACUGUAGGUGUUGGUCUGGCUGCUAUGGGAAUCGUACUCGGGCCUACCCCCGUAAUACCUACCCGACAAUUACGCUAACCAUUCGGUUGCUUCCCAUAUAAUCCAUGUAGCAUUAUUUGACGAAUUUCUUGAUUUUUCUUUCUCAUCGUAGUUUUCGAAAAUGGUGAUAGUGAGAGAGGAAGAAGAUCACUCCCCAUUAGGCGAAGCAUGGUAAGGUUCUUUCAUGGUCAAUAUUGUCUUCAAACUCUCUUAACGCCUGAUAAAAAUAAUACAGUCAAACCCCUCUUUCGGGACACCUCAUUAUUACGGACAGCUGACUGUGUCCCUGGGGACAGAAAGCCCUUAACAUUUUCUCGAAAUUCAACCCGCUCAAUACGGAUAUCCCGUUAAUACGGACGGCCCCCUCAGUGUCUGUUUUAGCUGGGUUUGAUUGUAAUAUUGUAUAGGUGAUUUGAAUUCCUAAGACACCUUCCAUUUUCAUCCAGUGUUGCUUUUAAUCGCUACGAUCUUUCUUCCUUUGUAUAGUUUCUGUAGAGAAGUUAUUAGGAGCGAGUUAUUAAACAGCCUUAAGAUAAGGAUCCGUUCUUUCUCUCGGCAUUAAAUCGUUGGAUUUUAUGUCUCUUUCCCGUGAAAACUGGAGCUAAACUGUCAAACGUGUUCCAUAUCACUUAAAGUACGGAAGGUCAAACUGGGGUUAAUUGGAAGAAGAUUAUAUAACCACAUGUUUUUUUCGAAAAAAAAAAAAAAAAAAAAAAAACCAAAUUUUUUUUAAAUUUUUUUUUUUUAAAUACAAAAAAAACAUACAUUUAUAUUUAAGUGUGAGCUUUUUUUAUUUCUUUUUAGAAAAUUAUUUUGUUUUUUAUUUUUUUUUUUUUUUUUUACAAUUUUUAUAUAAACAGUCUUAAGAUUAUAAUCCGUUCUUUCUCUCGGCAUUAAAUAUUUGGAUUUUAAUUCUUUUCCCCGUGAAAAAUGGAACUAAACUGUCAAACUUGUUCCAAAAACAUUAAAAAACGGAAGGUAAAACUGGGGUUAAUUGGAAAAAAAUUAAAAAACCCCAUUUUUUUUUCAAAAAAAAAAAAAAAAAAAAAAAAACCCAAAUGAUUGUCAAUUUUUCUUGCUAACGGACCAAUAAAGCAGGCGUUGAAAGAACCGUCUGAACUUUUCCUUCUCUCUUUCAGGUAACUUCUUUCUUUUGCAAUUUGUUAAUUUCGAUCCAAAAUUUUGUGAAUCACUCGAGAAAGCUUUCUUAGAUUUACUGUGCGGAGCAGGAAUUCAAGUUUUAAAAACAGGCGUUUCUUGUGCAAUGUCGUUUUUAGCAAAAAUUCGACUGAGAUUGAAUAAAAAAGGUUGUGUUUAUAAUAUUGUUCAAGGAUAUUCCCAACUUUUGCUAGUCGUUGCGAUAACACAAAGAACAGUUGCGAAAGAAGUAAUAGCGUACUGACACUUCUUACCAGAAUUUUGGGCAGUAUAUGGCCUAACCAAUUCUUCAGUUGCAACAAAGAAAAUCGCUGAAAAUGUAGUUGAAUUUCUGGAGGUGGAAAAACUUUGCGAACAAGCAUCUCCUGUGCAGCAUUUUCCAGCAAUUCAUAAGAGAGCAGUUUCCGGAGAGGUCAGGAAAAUUCAAACGUUUAUAAAUUUCCCAGCAAUUGCAUCUUGAGAUACUUAAAAUGUUAUUGGUCCGUUCCCGAAAAAAUAUGUGAACGAGAGUCUUUUUUUUUUUUUUUUUUUUAAAAAAAACGUGAUUAAAAAAUUUUCUUCCAAGUCCCCGGUUCGAGAAUGCCAACGAAAAAAAACCUCUUUUAUUUUUUAUUUUACUUCUUGUUUUAAGGAAUUGCCAAAAAUCUUUUUAAUUAUUUUUUUAAAAAAAUUUUUUUCUUAAUUAUUUCCUCUUUACGGCCAUUUUUUUUUUGCUUUUAUACUUAUUUCUCCUCCACCCUUCCAAAAAGUUGUGUAAUUGUUGGUGGAGGAAAAACAUUUUGAAAAAAGAUUGCGUUGGUAAGGUUUUUUAACAAUUGAAAAAAGGACCGUUUUCCGGGGGGUUAGGAAAAAUUAAAAGUUUUUAAAUUUUCCCAAAAAAAAAAUUUUAAAAAUUUUAAAUUUUUUUGGUCCGUUCUCUAAAAAAAAUUUGAAAGAGAGUUUUUUUUUUUUUUUUUUUUUUCAAAAAAACGUGAUUGAAAAAUAUUCUUCCAAGUGCCCGGUUCGAGAAUGCGCACUGACAAAACACUCAUUGAAUUCUUAGUAUACGUCAUGUUGUAAGGAAUUGCUCAAAAUCAUUUUAAUUAAUUUUCUAAAUCAAGUUUUUGCCUAAUUAAUUCCUCCUUACGGACACUUUAUUAUAGCCUUAUAUACUCAUACUACUGCGACCUUCCCACAUCAAACUUCAAAUCUCUACUACACUUCAAAAACGGGUUGCAAGAAUAAUGUUGAGAAGUGCUUUCGAUGCUCACACUUACUCUAAGACUUACGAAUUCUGGAUCUUGAGAGUAUAUACAAACUUAGAAUAGGGAAAUUUAUGUAUCAAUACAAAUACGGCUCACUUUCUGAUUGCUUCAAUAACAUGUGUUCUGUGACACGCCAGGUCCAUUCGUAUGGCACUAUGAUAUCGACUCUUUUAUUUACCCCAUUGCAGGACUAAUAUAUAAGUAAUUUCUCUAUCAGUUUCCAAGGUCCUAAAUUCUUCAACUCUCUAAGUUUUGAAAUUCAAAAUGCAACAAGUAUCGCUGCCUUCUUUUGCUGUAAGCUGAAAGCAAUUUUCAUUUUCAUUUUUUCCCAAUUUUCCCUUUCCCUUCGCUUUUUUAGCCUUACUAUGAUUAAUACAAUUCUGCUAUUGAUUUUUCCAUAUUUACUUUUUGUUAUACUUCGUUGUUACUAAUAGUUAAUUGAGGGAGCCUAUUCCCUAUAAGCUCGGGGGUUUCCCUUGGGCUUGCUCGCCAUAUGGGCAAAGCUUUUUAAUAUUUAAAAGCUGUUCUUGUUUUGUAUAUAUUAUAUUAGUAAAACAAUAAACUUGAAACUUUGUUUUUACAAUUUUAUUGUCGCUUCCCAUCUCAGGUUCAGCGAUCGAUAAAAAAGAAGCCAAAUAAAAAUACCACUCCUCAUCAGUUCAGUGAAACAAGGACAGCAGAGGAACAAAAUCAGGGAGAUACGAUGUCCUUUUCCAGUGGAUAUCAUUCCUAUUCAAGCAGCAGUCUCUUCUCCCUCGUGUCAGAUGUUUUUGUACCUGAAGAAGGAAGUGUUGAGGUAAUACCGGAUAGUUUUGAUAGUUGUGUGGUAAGCACUGCUUCAAAACAAGUUUCCUCUCCCUCAAAUGUUGUUACAACAUUAGCGCGGGCUGGGAAAACAUCCGGGUCUUCUAUGAAUGGAAGUGCAUUGACCUUAGGAAGAAGAAGUAAAUCUCUUGGACGCAGUCCCCAGCCGAGAACUGAUGAAAUUAAAGCAACUCCUGUAGAGUCCAUCUCUGAAAAGGAGCAAGAAAAUGAUUCCCAGAACACGAGGUAUCAAGCCAUGUACACGUACAUCUCUCAAGAGAAAAACGAAAUUACCAUCAACGAGGGAGACAUAGUGGAGGUAAUUAAGCGGAGCAGCAAUGGCUGGUGGCUUUUAGUCUCAAACAAUCAACUGGGCUGGGGUCCAUCAAAUUACUUGCAGUCAGUGUAAAUGGGCGGAAAGUACCUUUAGAAAUGGAAACCCUGGACACUUUGCUAAUCAGGGAAAGUUUACUUACUGGGUGGAAAUAAGACAGCAUUUAACAGGAUUAUUCUUUUCUAGGUGUUGUUAUUAUCAAGGUACUAGUUCGGGGAUUGCAACGGGUGCAGAAACUUGGACCUUGUUGUAUCGAGAAGAAGAAUGUGAAUUUAAUUGA